AUCUUUCGUUUCUAGAGCACUUUUGAAUGCUCAUAACAAAAUACAUGAGGUCAACGUUAUGAUUGUUCAACCUACAUAAACUUCCAAUGUUUACUAAGAGAGAAAGUGUAAAUCUUCGUCGAAAAAGGUACCACGACCGGCUACCACCCUUUACUGAAGACUAUUACCCGAUGGUAAUGUUAACAAAACUCGACCUGGUAAAGAAGGAUGUGGAGCCCGAGAGAUCAGCUGUAGCAAAUCGUCCGAAAGAAGGUGCGAGCGAAGAAGCAGGAAAUAAUUUAACAAUUACUGCCGACAAUGAUGAAGAGCAACAAAAGGUGAUAAAACAGGAAGUAGAUAUGGAUGAUGAAGAGGAGAAUCUUUCUUUUACGUAUAAUUGCAAAGUAUGCGGCGUAUUUUUUGCCAAUCAAACUCUUUUGGACAAUCAUGAGAUCGAGCACAAGGGUAAACGUAAAAAUACUUGCGCUCAGUGCGGCCGAGUAUUUCGAACUUAUGUUAAUCUACGAAAACACAUGAAAAAGCACAACGGUCGCAAAGGGACACGUAAAACGAAUGGAACUAAAAUGGUUAGUCGAUCUACGUCUUUAAAAAAAGUGAAAAAAGAGAAACCAGAAUUGGAAUUACUCUGUAAAACUUGUAACAAGGUUUUCCGGCACAAGAGUAAUUACCAAAAACACUUGUUACGACAUACCGUUGGUGAUCUCACUUGCAAGCACUGCCCCAAAAAAUUCCGUCUCUUCCGCGAUCUCACUAGGCACGAGAAGACUCAUUUUUAUCCAAGUUACAUGUGCAAGCAUUGCGAUUACGAGACUACGGUAUUAGCUGCUCUCAGCAUUCAUAUGUUACGACAUACAGAUAAGGCUGAUCUACCGUUUAAGUGUAACGAAUGCGACAAACAUUUCCGCAAGGCUAUUGAUCUGCAGGAACACUAUAAUAUUCAUUCUGGUGACAAGCCGUUUGUCUGUCAAAUCUGUGGAACAGCCUUUUUCUUAAGAAGACAACUCUCAGCACAUUGCCGUCGAAUGCAUCCAGAAAUGAAGGCCAACAAGGUGACCAGUACUGCUUGUGAUAUAUGCGGUCGCGUUCUUGCUACCAAGAGAUCAUUAUUUCGCCAUAAAGAGAGCCACAAUCCAACCAAACUCUAUCUCUGUGAUUAUUGCGGCAAAAGUCUUAGCAGUGCUGAACAUUUGAAGAAACAUCGACGAAUUCAUACCGGUGAAAAACCUUAUGUAUGUGACAUAUGUGGAAAGGGAUUCACCGAUUCGGAAAAUCUUAGGAUGCACAGGCGCGUUCAUACAGGAGAAAAACCAUACCAAUGCGAUCAGUGUCCUAAAGCUUUCUCACAAAGAUCGACUCUAACUAUACACAGACGCGGACAUACCGGGGAGAGACCUUACGUCUGUCAAAUUUGUAAUCGUGGCUUUUCCUGUCAGGGUAAUCUCACGGCACACCAGAAGUCCACCUGCGUUUAAAAAAGAAACAAUAUUCGAUCAACAAAUGACAUUCUUGGUUCGAUUCUGUUGUUUAUUUGGCAGGCAUAUAUGUGAGUAUGUUUGGUGUGUAAGAUUAUGCAUAUGUAUGUAUGCACGUAUAUAUGUUCGCUAAACAAAAUUUAAUUUAACAAAAUCGAUCAAAUUCAUUUUCUCUAAUAAAUUUAAUAGUUUAGUUAUUGAUUUGUAUAUUAAUUCGUACCUGUAUUCAUUUUCUCAAGUUUCUUUGUGCUUUUUCAAUGUACGUUUCAAAUAUUUGCCAUUAUUUUGUAAGACUGUGUUUCAUGGCUUUCUUCAUACAUUACACCGUAUUUCUCUCUUUUUGUAUAUUCAUUACAUCUAAUAAUUAUAUUUUUUUUUU